AUGAGCAAUAACAUUUUAUGGCCAGCAUUUCACAAUAUACUUCAUAAAAUUGUUGUUGAAAAUAAAGAUUUUUAUACAAAUCUUGAAGAGUAUAGAAAAGUGAAUAAACAAUUUGCGGAAACAAUUCUUGAAACGAAGCCAACAGAAAAUGAUUUUAUCUGGAUUCAAGAUUAUCAUCUACUGUUUGUUGGGGAGUAUUUAAGAGAAAUUGAAGUUGAGAAUGCUAAAAAAUCUCUGGAGCGAACUAAGAAGCAUUUGAUUAAUGAUAAGAAAGCUUUGGUGAAUGCUAAGGAACCUUUGAAAUUGGGAUUCUUUUUGCAUACACCUUUUGAAUUAACUAAAGAUUUUGUUUUAAACUUCAAAAAUUUUGAAGGGGAAUUCGAAAGUUUGACUAAAGAAAUCAUAAAAGGAAUGCUACGUUUCGAUAAAGUUGGGUUCCAAACAAAAAAGGAUCGCGAUAUUUUUGUCUACUGGGCAGAGUAUUUUUAUAUGGAAACUGUACAAAAAACUGUACAAAAAACUGAGGAAAAUACAAUUAUUAAUUUAAAAAUUGAAAAUAUUACACCGAAAAAUGGAUGUAAUUUGGGUGUUUACCCAGCUACAAUUAAAAUUGAUGAUUUUACUAGUAUUGCCGAAAAUGAUGAAAUUAUUAAGGAAGCUAAAAAAUUGCAUGACGGAGUAAAUAUCAUUUAA